UUGCAGCGCCACUGUUUCAACAAAACAUUCUACUCUGUUUUCUGUUUUCUUUUUUUCUUUUUUUAUAACAUUUGCUUGUUUGACGAAACAGAAUAACAACGGCGUCUCCAAAUCCGGCUCUCUGCCAUUGGAACAAAGACUUGAGCUUUAAUAUUGUAGCUAUGAAAACAAAAAAUCAAGCUCCCUUUCUUUCUUCAUUUUUCUUACUUUUCCCUUAAAAUUGUUACCAAUUUUCCCGGGGAAAAUUGAAAGUGAAUUAUUUUACGUCGAUAAAUGCUGGGAUUUUAACCAAAGAAAAAGGAAACUAGGGUAAGAGCAAAGAAAGAAUGGAACCCGUUGGAGGCUUGGUUCAGAAGAAAGAAACAGAUGAUGUCGUACUACAAAUUUCGACGAGCCGGGAAGCUUUCUUUAGCGACAAUAAAGAUGCUAAAGCUUACUCUGUUUCAAGGAAUUCCCAGUUGGAUUCUUCUUCUCCCAUACGUUCAAAUAUUGAGUUAACUGGCUUUGAGGAUCCAAGAUCGAGAAUCCAAACACCGAAAUUUACAAACUCUCCUUCUUCGUCAGACUUAGCAAGGCAAAGCCCAGUUCAAACUCCAACUUUAAACAGGCCUCCAAAAAUUCCAACCGCCGAAUCCAUUACACCAAGAAAAGCGCUUGCUCGGUCUGAAUUUUCAAAGCCAAAAUCAAGAUUUGCAGAGCCAUCAUAUCCAAACGAUGCAAAAUUAAAAGAAGAAAAAUACCGUUUGCUAAAUUCAACUUUGUCCAAUAUUAGAUCACCUAAUGCAGCUUCACCGUGUAAAACGCCUAGUGUGUCUACCCCAAAAGAUAACUUGAAAUCGGUUCCAAUUACCCCGAGAACGCCAUUGGUUGGAUCGCCAUGGCCAGAAGAGGAGGACGAUGAGGAGGUUUAUAAGACUGCAAGUCUUAAAGUGGGUAAAAGAAUGGGUAAGAAAUGGAAAGCAUUGAUAUUAUUUGAGUUGACAGCUUUUGUUUGCUUUGUGGGGUUGUUAAUUGCUAGUUUGAGUAUUGAUAGAAUGCAGUAUACUAUGGUCUGGGGUUUGCAAUUAUGGAAAUGGUGGGUGCUGAUAUUAGUUAUUUUCUGUGGGAGAUUGGUGACAGAGUGGUUUAUAAACAUUUUGGUUUUCUUGAUUGAAAGGAACUUCUUGCUUAAAAAGAAGGUGCUUUAUUUUGUGUAUGGAUUAAAGAAAAGUGUUCAGGCUUUUAUUUGGUUGGGUUUAGUGCUUUUAGCUUGGGGUUUGUUGUUUAAUCACGGAGUUAAACGAUCCAGGCGAACUACAAAGAUUCUAGACUAUAUAACAAGAGGUCUUGCUUCUUGUCUUAUUGGGUCCGCAAUAUGGCUACUCAAAACUUUGUUUGUUAAACUACUAGCUUCUUCUUUUCAUGUGUCUAGAUUCUUUGAUAGAAUUCAAGAAUCGAUCUUCCAUCAGUAUGUUCUCAGAGCGCUUUCAGGGCCUCCUGUUAUGGAGAUGGCUGAAAGGGUUUGGAGCAGUAAGACAUUGCCUGGUCAGUUGAGUUUUAAUAAUUUGAAGAAUAAAAAUGACGACAAAAAAGAAGAGGUGAUUGAUGUGGAUAAGCUUAAAAAGAUGAAGCAUGAGAAAGUUUCUGCUUGGACCAUGAAAGGAUUGGUUAAUGUGAUUACUGGUACAGGUUUGUCUACUCUUUCCAACACACUUGAGCAGAGUGAUGAUGAGGAGUGUGAGCAGGAUGAAGAGAUUACUAGCGAGUGGGAAGCUAAGGCUGCUGCUUACAAGAUUUUCAGAAAUGUAGCAAAGCCUGGAACCAAGUACAUUGAUGAAGAAGACCUUUUGCGCUUCAUGAAAAAGGAGGAGGUGGAUAAUGUGAUCCCACUCUUUGAAGGAGCAGCAGAAACUGGAAAGAUUAAGAGAUCAGCUUUAAAAAAUUGGCUGGUGAAUGUUUACAACGAGCGUAAAUCGCUAGCACACUCCUUAAAUGAUACCAAAACAGCCAUUGAGGAGCUGAAUAAGCUAACUUCAGCUAUUGUGCUCGUUUUGGUUAUUGUUGUGUGGUUACUUAUGAUGGGACUUUUAACAACCAAAGUGCUUGUCUUCAUUUCAUCUCAGCUUCUGCUUUUGGGAUUCAUGUUUGGUAAUACUGCCAAGACAGUGUUUGAGGCGAUCAUAUUUGUAUUUGUGAUGCACCCAUUUGAUGUUGGUGAUCGUUGUGUAAUAGAUGGAGUACAAAUGGUUGUUGAAGAGAUGAAUAUUUUAACAACAAUCUUCUUGAGAUAUGACAAUGAGAAAAUAUUCUACCCAAAUUCAGUUCUGGCUACAAAACCCAUCAGCAACUUCUACAGGAGUCCAGAAAUGGGUGACUCCAUAGAAUUCGCUGUCGAUGUUUCCACUUCAGUUGAGACUAUUGGAAUUCUAAAAGCAAAGAUAAAAGCGUACUUGGAGAGUAAGCCUCAGCACUGGCGUCCUGGCCACAGUGUGCAGGUUAAGGAGAUUGAAGAUGUGAACAAGAUGAAAAUGGCUCUGUAUGUUAAUCACACCAUAAACUUCCAGAAUAUUGCAGACAGGGGCAACCGAAGAUCUGAUCUAGUGUUAGAGAUGAAAAGAUUUUUUGAAGAGCUUGGUAUAAAAUAUCAUCUUCUACCUCAAGAAGUUCGUCUUAGCUAUGUUGGCUCAGCUCCACCUCCAGCGCGAUGAUGGCCCUUAUUCUUCUUGAACUUCAAAUCAUAAAUUUUUGUUUUUCAUUUCUACUUUGAGUGAGAUCAAUGGUUUGAUAUUUUGAUGUCUAACACUCUUAGCUCUCAGAAAUGUGUUUUUGUAUAAUUCUUUAAUCAUUUAUAUCAAUGUGUAAUUUUUCCUUUUCUUAUA